AUGUCGGGGGGCGCCGCAGACAGCGGCACCCCGGCCCCUCGCUUCCUGGCUCCCCCACCGCCGCCGCCCAAGAACGGUUCCAGCUCGGACAGCUCCAUCGGCGAGAAGCUGGGAGCCGCCGACCACGGAGCCUCCGGAGCCGGUGGAGCAAGCGGUGUAGCAGGGAGUGGAGGCCGUAGUGAGGAGUACCGGCGCCGCCGCCACACCAUGGACAAGGACAGCCGAGGGGCGGCAGCCACCGAGCACCGCUUCUUCCGCCGUAGCGUGAUCUGCGACUCCAACGCUACGGCCUUGGAGCUACCCAGUUUGCAGCCCGCAGCGCCCUCGGCCCCUGUCUCGGGAGGCAGUGCCGCUCCCUUGGUCUCUCCUCCCGAGUGUGCCAGCCGAACUUCUUGCAUCGCUGUCAGCGCCGCCCAGGCUCCCUCGCUGCUGCAGCAGCCGCCGCCACCUGCCCCGCUUCCCGUCGAAGGACAGUCUGCUCAGGAGCCCCCUGCCGCGAAGGAUGCCGCCCCGCUGCUGCGCAAGGAGGAGGAGGACGAGGCAACCGCGCUACCCCCCACCAGUGCCGCUGGCAGCGCGUCAGCUGCCAGCCGGGAAUUUGAGGAGCGGAGGACACAGCAGGAAGACAUUGAAGAGCUUGAGACCAAGGCAGUGGGCAUCUCCCCAGAUGGCCGCUUCCUGAAGUUUGACAUCGAGAUUGGAAGAGGCUCUUUCAAAACCGUGUAUAAAGGACUGGAUACGGAUACCACUGUGGAAGUUGCCUGGUGCGAGCUGCAGGAUCGGAAGCUGUCCAAGUCAGAGCGACAAAGAUUUAAAGAGGAAGCUGGGAUGCUGAAAGGGCUUCAGCAUCCCAAUAUUGUCAGGUUCUAUGAUUCCUGGGAGUCUACAGUCAAAGGAAAAAAGUGUAUUGUUCUUGUGACGGAACUCAUGACAUCUGGAACAUUGAAAACGUAUUUGAAAAGAUUUAAAGUGAUGAAAAUUAAAGUACUGCGAAGCUGGUGCCGUCAGAUACUGAAAGGCUUACAAUUUCUACACACGCGCACUCCUCCGAUUAUUCAUAGAGACUUAAAAUGUGACAACAUCUUCAUUACUGGCCCCACUGGAUCAGUCAAGAUCGGAGACCUCGGUCUGGCAACCCUGAAACGAGCUUCUUUUGCCAAAAGUGUGAUAGGUACCCCAGAGUUCAUGGCCCCCGAGAUGUAUGAGGAGAAAUAUGAUGAAUCCGUUGAUGUAUAUGCUUUUGGGAUGUGUAUGCUAGAGAUGGCCACGUCUGAGUAUCCUUAUUCCGAGUGCCAAAAUGCUGCGCAGAUCUACCGUCGAGUGACCAGUGGUGUCAAGCCAGCCAGCUUCGAUAAAGUAGCAAUCCCUGAAGUGAAGGAGAUUAUUGAGGGAUGCAUUCGGCAAAACAAAGGCGAAAGAUAUGCUAUUAAGGACCUUUUGAAUCAUGCUUUCUUCCAAGAAGAGACUGGAGUACGGGUAGAACUAGCAGAGGAAGAUGAUGGAGAAAAAAUUGCUAUUAAACUCUGGCUGCGAAUUGAAGACAUCAAAAAACUCAAGGGCAAAUAUAAAGAUAAUGAGGCAAUAGAGUUUUCCUUUGACUUGGAGAGAGAUGUCCCAGAGGAUGUAGCACAAGAAAUGGUGGAAUCUGGCUAUGUCUGUGAAGGGGAUCACAAGACAAUGGCGAAAGCUAUCAAGGACAGGGUAUCUUUGAUUAAGCGAAAGCGAGAGCAGCGUCAGUUGGUGCGAGAAGAACAGGAGAAGAAGCUUCAGGAAGAAGGUAGUCAGAAGCAGCAGCUGGAGCAACAGCAACCAUCAAGUGCUUCCCAUGCAGGGUCAAAGCAUCCCCUAUCUGUCACUGGUACUGCUCCUGUCCCCACUACUUCAGCAUCAGUUUCUACACAAGUGGAGCCUGAAGAACCAGAAGCUGAUCAACACCAACAACUGCAGUUCCAGCAACCCAGUAUAUCUAUUCUUUCUGAUGGGACAGUUGACAGUGGCCAGGGGUCAUCUGUUUACACGGAAUCAUGUGUGAGCAGUCAACAGACUGUGUCGUAUGGUUCCCAGCAUGACCAGUCAAUCUCAACAGCUGCAGUCCAGGGAUAUGCAGCUUCAGUUGGCCAAGUGCAGUCACAGCAGCACGGAGGAUAUCAGCCACCUGCAGCGACACAGGUGCAAGGCCAGUCAGCCUCAAGCAGUGCAUUGGUGCCAUCCCAGCCUUCCCAACACACUCAGCAGAAUGCACAGCAGCCAGCCUCUUCCCAACAACCUGGACAGUACCAGCUGCAGCAGCCAUCAGUUUCUGCUGGCGUCACUCCCACACAAACUGUCUCUCAAACUCAAACUUCACAGAUUAUGCCAAUGCCUCAGGCAGCAGCUGGGUCACAGCUUCCUGUUUCCCAACCAGUGUCGAUCAUCCAAGGCGAGCCUCAAUUACCUGUUGCAGCACCUUCUCUCCCUCAGCCUUCAGUUGCCCCAUCAGUCCCCAUUGGCUCUCAUUUUCUACCCAUGGGACAGCCCUUGCCAACUUCUAUGGUUCCCCAGUUCUCAGUCUCUCAGUUGCCCGUAGCAGCUCCUCAUGUGUCAGUGGCUCAGCCAGGUUUCCAGUCACUGCCCAUUUCAAUGGCAGCUGGCAUGAAUCAGCCAUUGCUCACACUGGCAACGUCUGCUGCGGCAACCGCCGUCCCUGUAGGAUCAACUGUUGUCCCUAGCCAGCUUCCCUCACUGAUGCAGCCUGUGGCUCAGUUGCCCAGCCAGGUUCUCCCGCAGCUCCUGCAGCCAGCUGUCCAGUCCGUGGGAUUGCCAGUCAGCAUUGGACAAGCUGCUGAAACUUCACUUCCUGCUGGAGAUGCUCUUUACCAGGGCUUCCCAUCUCGGCUGCCGCCUCAAUACCCAGGCGACUCGAAUGUUGCACCUUCCUCUUCUGUGGCCUCUGUUAGCAUUCCUUCUGCUGUACUGUCCCCUCCCUUACCCACAGAUGCAAUGGCUCAGCCGGGCUAUCUUGCUCCUGUUGUGCAGCCAUAUGUGGAGCAGAACGUUUUAGUUCCCAUGGGCAGCCUAGGAGGACAGGUUCAAGUGCCCCAGCCUACAGUGAGUUUAGCACAACAGGCCGCAUCUGCCUCCUCGCAGCAGGCAAUUUUGGAGGGUACUCAGGGAGUCUCACAGACUGCUCCUUCAGAGACUCUUCCAGCAACACAGCCUGCUCAGUCUACCCCUUUGGCUUCCUCUAUGGAUAGUGCGCAUUCUGAUGUUGCUUCGGGAUUGAGUGAUGGCAACGAAAAUGUUCCAACUUCUAGCGGAAGGCAUGAAGGGAGGACUACUAAACGUCAUAUGCGGAGGUCUGUCCGCAGUCGCUCUCGCCAUGAGAAGACAGCUAGGCCGAAACUGAGAAUUCUGAAUGUUUCAAAUAAAGGUGAUCGGGUAGUGGAAUGCCAGCUAGAGACACACAAUCGGAAAAUGGUUACUUUCAAAUUUGAUUUGGAUGGUGACAACCCUGAGGAAAUAGCUUCAAUUAUGGUGCAGAAUGAGUUUAUUUUAGCAACUGAGAGAGACUCGUUUGUAGAACAGGUACGAGAGAUUAUUGAGAAAGCAGAUGAAAUGCUAAGCGAGGAUGUAAGUGUGGAGCCAGAAGGCGAUCAGGGUUUGGAGAGUAUGCGGACAAAAGAUGAUGGCUUCUUUCCAGGGUCUCAGAAAUUAGAGUUCAAACAGCCAGAUCCUACAUCUUCCAUGCCACAAAGAAUAGGGGUUCCUCCUAGCUCCUUUACCCAGGUUGUCCAUUCUGCAGGAAGACGGUUUAUUGUCAGCCCUGUCCCUGAGAGUCGGUUAAAAGAACAGGGCUUUUUCACAUCUGCCGUUCCUGGAGGAAAAGAAACUUCGGAUAUGGUUGCUGCAUCUCCACUACAUGGUCCUGGAAUGAAUCUCUCCCACUCGGCAUCAUCACUGAGCCUGCAGCAAGCUUUCUCUGAGAUGGGGCAUGCUCAAAUGACAGAAGGACCUAGUACAGCUCCUCCAGUGUUCAAUCAAACAAUACCGCCAUUUCCACCUGCACUUUCUACCCUAGCAGGCAGUGGUGCACCUCCUGCAUCUGUGGCUGCUUCUUCAAUAUCUGUUCCCUCCAGCACAGGUGUUACUCUUCCAGGAUCUGUUACUUUGCUUUCAGAAAGUGCAGCUGUUGGAGUUGCACCAAGUGCAAGUGUGCCAAGCUCUAUUUCUUCGCCUCCAGCCUCACAAUCUGGACAGCAAUCGACUGGUGUCGCAUCCAGUGUGAGCGCCCCUGCUUCUUUCUCCUUGCCUACCACAUCACAGCCUGCUCAACCAGUAACUGGAGACAUUGCCCCCAGUAUCAGCACACCGUCUUCGUUGGCACUGCCAUCUACCCAGGUUCCUGGUGUCACUGGUCUUGGUGUUGUUGCACCAGCUGUGACCUCUCAGUCUGCUCCUCAGAUUGUAAGUAGUAUGGCAGCACCACAGACAUCUGUUGCCCUGUCUCUGGCUCAGAAUGUGGCUUUGCAGCUUCCUCAGCUUAGUAGCAGUGGCUCUGUCUCCAGUCUGGCAGAAACAACAGUUGUAAGUGCUCCACAGUCACUAUCUGAGAGUGGGCAGUCUAUGGAUAAAUCACAGCUCUGCAAUGCAGCUGGCUUAUCUCUUCCAAUCUCUGCACCUUUAUCAUCCUCAGUAGCAACAAGCAUAUGUGGUUCAGUCACUCAGCCAGUGAUACAUCCCUUACUUGUCCCAUCAGGAGUUACAUCAACACCUGUCCUACCCCAAAUUCCAGGUGCAACGCCCAUGUUGCCCCAGGUUCCCUUACCUGGUGUCUUACCACAACCAGUCACCAACUUGCCUGCAGUACAGCAAACUUUGAUACACAGCCAGCCUCAACCAGCUCCGUUACCCAAUCAGCCUCAUAUUCACUGUCUGGAGGCUGAUGCUGAUGCUCAGUCUAAAGCUCCUGGUAUUGAUGAUAUAAAGACCCUGGAAGAAAAGCUACGGUCUCUCUUCAGUGAACAUAGUAAUGUGGGAACAGCACAUCCAUCAGUAUCUCUGGAGACGUCGUUGGUAAUGGAAACUACAGUUAUUCCUGGGAUACCAACCACUGUUGUUGCACCAACUAAACCCCUGACAUCUAUUAGCACUUGUAUACCUCCGAGCAGUUUGCCUCUUGGACCAACUGGCCUGCCAGUGCUGACGCCAGUUGCCACUCCUGGACAAGUGAUCACCCCAGUCAACUAUAUUUCGGCAUCGAGCAGCAUUGCAACAGCAGUCGUGAAACCAGGGACCUCUCCUUCAAAGCCCCCUCUUAGCAGGGUACCGGUGCUACCAGUAGGUUCUGAACUUCCGGCUGGCACUCCAUCCAGUGAGCCGCUGCCACCUUUUCCAGGACCUUCACUAACUCAGUCCCAACAGCCACUGGAAGAUCUGGAUGCUAAGCUGAGAAGAACCCUUAGUCCAGAGACCGUUCCAGUGACAUCUGCUCCUGCCUGUUCUGUGCCCUCAGUAGCAUCUACAACGGUUACCGGGCUGGUGUCCACAGCAACACAGUCUCUGAAGGAUGCUUCAGCAUCAUGUGGUGGAGAGGGCAGUGCUAUGGCUACCACAGCAGGAGCCGGGGUUCUUAAAAUGGGACGAUUUCAGGUAUCUGUGGCAGUGGAUGAUGUGCUAAAAGAGGGUGACAAACCUGAAACUAAGCCGGUGCAAUUUGAAACCACCUCCACUGAUUCUUCAUCUCUUUCUGGCAGUAGCCCAGAGAGUACACUGGUAAAGCAGGCUGGCAGUCGGAAAAGUGAGGCUGUCGCUGACUCUUGCUUGGAUGUGGUAGAUGGCAUUCCUCAGACAGUCCCUGUGCUGCAAUUACCGGUAGAUGUUGGUCAGCCUACUAAGGUUGGGCGCUUUCAGGUAACAACAACAACGGAUCAAGUGGGGCGCUUUUCAGUGUCAAAGACUCAGGAUGAGGUCAGCUGUGCAGAGAAAGAGCGAAUGACUCUUCCUCUCUCUGUGGACUUGGAACAAGUUGCUUCUUCAGCUGCAGCUCCGAAGAAAGAGUUGGAAUCAAGGCAGUCCCCACACAUGAACGGUCCGUCCUCUGAACUGGAGGCCGCCUUCUUAAGCGGGAUGGCUAAGGAUUUGGAUGAUGGCUCGGGGAGCCCAGACUCCCUCCAGCCCCUGGGGUCGAAGAUCAGCCUCCCCGUUCAGAGCCUUAGCAAUUCAUUCAAUUCUUCCUACAUGAGCAGUGACAAUGAGUCGGAUAUUGAAGAUGAAGACUUGAAAUUGGAACUCCGUCGGUUACGGGAGAAGCACCUUAAAGAGAUCCAGGAGCUGCAGAGUCGCCAGAAGCAGGAGAUUGAGUCACUAUACAUGAAAUUGGGAAAGGCCCCACCUGCAGUAAUUAUUCCCCCAGCUGCACCCCUUUCAGGAAGGAGGAGACGACCUACUAAAGGAAAAAGCAGCAAGUCCAGUCGUAGCAGCUCCCAGGGAAAUAAGAGCCCUCAGCUAUCAGGUAAUCUGUCAGCUCAAAGUGCACCAUCAGUCUUGCCCCCACAGCAGACUCUUCAUCCUCCUGGUAGUGUGCCAGAGACUGGACAGAACCAUUUGUUACAGCCCCUCAAACCUUCACCUUCUAGCGAAAAUCUCUACUCUGCCUUUACCAGUGAUGGUGCCCUUUCGGUACCAAGCCUUUCGGCACCAGGCCAAGGGACCAGCAGCACUAACACAGUCGGGGCUACAGUGAACAGCCAAGCACCCCAGUCUCAGCCUACUGCUAUUGCCUCAAGCCGGAAAGGGACUUUCACAGAUGACCUGCACAAGCUGGUAGAUAACUGGGCCCGAGAUGCCAUGAACCUGUCUGGCAAGAAAGUUGGCAAAGGGCAUAGCAACUAUGAGGGCCCUGGAAUGGCAAGAAAAUUCUCAGCACCAGGUCAGCUCUGUAUCUCUAUGACAUCUUCCCUGGGUGCCACGCCCAUCUCUGCAGCAUCAGCUACCUCUUUAGGUCCCUUCACAAAGGCUAUGUGCCCUCCGCAGCAGUACGGUUACCCAGCAGCGUCUUUUGCCGCUCCGUGGAGUGGGACGGGUGGUCCAGCGCAGCCAUCGCUCGGCCAGUUCCAGCCCGUAGGUGCCGCAUCUUUGCAAAGCUUCAACAUCAGCAAUUUGCAAAAAUCGAUCAGCAACCCUCCAGGCUCCAACCUGCGGACCACUUAGCUGUGCUCAGAGACCGUGCUGGCUAGACUUCGGGACAGGACGUGGGGAGGGAGAUGGGGCCCUGUAUCAACUACUAGUGCUGCAAUGAACUGGUAGCUUGCCAGACUGGGAAUGAAUUUCUCUUUCCAACCAUUGCUGUCAACUCUCUGUAAAGGGAGUUUCCCCACACGCUUUCAAGGGGGAGGAGGAUGAUCAGCAUCCUUAUGAUGGGACAGUGCUUUUGACCAAGGGUUUCUGCUCUUGUUUGGAGCAAGAGCUGUGAAGGGAAGUUGCAGGGUCAGUUAAUGCAAUCUUGCUGUAAAAUUUCUCUCUGGUUUGAGGCUGAGUCUACAUGUGUUGAGGUGGGAGAGCUGAAUCUUAGCAUGAGGCUUUAGCAUGCUUCUCAUCUCUCACUGAAGAACCAAGACCAGGAGAAAAGCUGUCCAAAUCCCCCUCCUCUCCCUCUCCCCAGUCAAUCGUAUCUGGCUCUGAAAUGAUGGGGCACACGAAUGGACUUGCAGUGCAGCCCAUGCUUGAUAGGUCAUUACUGCUUUAAGUAAGAUAUUAACAGCUUUGACUGCAGCAUUAGAGCAAUUUAAAUUGUUUAAAAAUUUUUAAAAGUUCCCUGCGGACAUGUACUUACCAUCAGUUUUGAUGUGGAAACACUGUGAUAUAUAAAUGUUGUUGGACAACAGUAGUUUAAAAAUGAGUGGAAUAUAGAGGGUUAAAAAAGUUAAAAAGAAAAAAUGGGAAAAAAAAGCUAGCUAUAUCCUUAUACUUAUUGGAGACACUUUAACUUUUUCCUUUGUAUUUUCAUUGUAUUAGAUAAAUAAAUGUGAAUGUAAAAUUGUAUAAAUUAAUGUACUUGAAUACUUGUCUGUUCUCCCAGUACGCUUGCUGGAUAUUUUAGUGCCUUGGACUUCUAUUGCUUCUGCAGUUAGCAUCGUCUUCCCAGCAGACCCCCAGGUGGACAGAGGGCGAGGUCAGAGAAGGAUGGAUCAUUUGUACCUAGCGACUGGGACAUUUGAGUUUAUUUAGUGAUACCGUUACUGUUUAGAGUAGGUGUAUGGAGGGGGAGGUCACUGAGGCAGCGGGUUGGAACAGUGUUUUGUGUGUUGGGGAAACUUGUCCAGGUGGGCAGAUUCGAAGUUGCUGGUGUGACAGGGGCCAGGUGGGGGUGGGACGGAGGGCUGUGCGUGAAGCUAAAACGAGACUAACCAAUAUUGUCUACGGAGGCAGGAGGUCUGGAUCAGAAAUGGAGAGAGGAUGGGGAGAAUGUGUGUCUUUGGGAAAGGCCCAACUGAAGAUGCAGUUUGACUCCACCUGCAAAGUGGUAAAGAUGUUUGGUCAGGAUGUGACUUGAGGGAGAGGCGCCAUUGCUCGUUGGCAUGGGCUUGUCUGCUGGGAUUGCUUUUCUUACCUUUUUUUGGUAAAAUCCAUUUAAGCCAGGAAUAGAUUGUCCUGGUGCAACGUCCAUUGCCGGCAAUGGAUGUACUUGAAACAGCCGGCAUCAAGAAGUUUCCUCUGUCUUAUUUGGAGGAUUUACAGUUUUGUUCACUCUUAACAAGUUUCAAGCUGGUACCAAGACUGUAACGAUCUGUCACCUCUUAGUAACUGUACUGUACCUUCUGCUUUGGUCAUUCUCCAUUUUCAUAUUUAAAAAAUACUGGUUUUCUCUUCAAAGUAAAAAUAAUACCAGCCAGUAUUUAUGUAGUGCUGCGAAAAGCUGUGAAGGAUGAGGGGACAGCUUCCUGGUACUUGGGAGUAGCUCACAGGUAUCCUGGAAGCUGGUGUACCACAGACAUGUUACUGGCCUGAGUUUUUUUUCUGGGAGCGCUAUUCCCCUGUGGAGCCUUAAUAGGGAGUUUUCCUGUCUGCAGCUGUUCUCGCUCUUAUUUUCACAAAGAAAUGUGCAAGAUCUGUUCCUUUCCUGUCACUUUUUUUUUUACAGCAGUUUUGGCAGCAAGGGCAGGUACAGGCUGGUGAUGAACGAACGCCUGAGGGUGAAAGCUAGUGGCGAGGUGGCUGGGCUCAGAGUUCCUUAGAUUUGGGGGUUCUUUCUUUGUAACUGAAGUGCAGACUAGAGCUACAGAAUGAGAGGAGGCUCAUGGUGUGUGUGUGGUGGAAGGCGGGGAGAAAGCAGGGGUCUCUGCGGCUGAAGUGAACUGGAGAACCUCUGCUCUUCCAUCUGAAUGGAUGCAGAGGAGUUUCCUGGACACAGCCAGUGUGAGGGGAGAGGCGUGCUCUGGAAACGAGCAGUGACAAACCUGGGGCAGUAAUGAAACAAGGGGAAUAUUCAUGACAGGGGAACUAAUCAGCUGGAUGCAGCAUGUGGUUAUUUAAUUUUGAUCUAAUAAGUUUGAGGUCGUUUUUUCACUUAAUGUUAUGCAAGAACUGGUUUUAUUUACCAUUGAUUUCCCCCCCUCCUGUGGAUGAAUACCUGAAGUCUAGAGGAAUAAACUAAUGCUACUGAACUGUUAAAUUAUUUUGUUUAAUAUUACACUUUGAGUAUCUUUUUCCACAUAAAAUCUGUUUCUGAAUUACAAGCGUUUUCUUUACAUUAUUUAACAAUGUACACUGUAAAAAAUAAAAAUAAAAAAAAUAAAAUGAAUUGAAACUUUGGGCUUCCCUGGCCGUAGU